AUGACCGCCCUCAAGUGCCUCGAUGUUCUCGUCCGAACUGCACCUGGACAGACUGCUCUCCGUCUCCCUGAGCUUAUCCCAACCGUCUCCGAGGCCAUGUGGGAUACCAAGCCCGAGAUCAAGAAGGCUGCUCGUGCUGCUAUGGAGAAGCUUUGCUCUCUCAUCUCUAACAACGACAUCAACCGAUUUAUCCCUGAGUUGAUCAACUGUAUCGCUAAGCCUGAGAGGGUCCCCGAGACAGUCCAUCUCCUCGGUGCUACUGUUUUCGUCGAGAAUGUCCAGGCGCCCACUCUGUCCAUCAUGGUUCCUCUCCUCGAGCGUGGUCUUGCCGAUCGUGACACCACCAUUAAGCGAAAGGCUGCCGUCAUUGUCGACAACAUGUGCAAGCUUGUCGAGGAUCCUCAAAUCGUUGCUCCCUUCUUGCCCAAGCUUAUGCCCAACCUCCAGAAGAACUAUGACAACAUGGCCGAUCCCGAGGCACGUGAGAAGACCAAGCAAGGUCUCGAUACUUUGACCCGCGUUGGUGACGUCAAGGACGGCAAGAUCCCCGAGAUCUCCACUGCCGGUGAUCCUAAGGUUAUUCUCGAGACUGUUAAGACUGUCUUGUCAAACAGGAAGGACCUCGCUGCCAAGUUUGAGCCUGUUCUCACAUAUAUUGCUUGUAUCGCCGGUAGCUUGGUUGAUGAGAGGGAGAACGAGGUCCUCAUUUGGACCGAGCACACCGUCCCAUACUUUGCUGCCUUCUUGCCUGAGGGUGAGGCCCAGGGUACCGCCGAGACUUUGAGGAAGCGUGCUGCCCCUGGUGCCGCUGAGGAGGAGGUUGAUGAGGACGAUGAGGAGGGUGAAGACCUCUGCAACUGCACAUUUAACUUGGCCUAUGGUGCAAAGAUCUUGCUGAACCAGACCCAUCUACGAUUAAAGAGAGGCCAGCGUUAUGGUCUUUGUGGACCCAAUGGCUCCGGAAAGUCCACCCUCAUGCGCGCUAUCAACAACGAGCAGGUUGAGGGCUUCCCCAAGAAGACCGAAGUCAAAACUGUGUUCGUUGAGCACGAUCUCGAUUCUGCUGAUACCGAGAAGACCGUCGUCGGAUGGACAUUCGAUAAGCUCGCCGAGACUGGUGCUGGUGUUUCCGUUGAGGACAUCAAGACUAAGUUGGGUGAAUUCGGUUUCCAGGAGACCAUGUUUGAUGCUCCUAUCACUUCCCUUUCCGGUGGUUGGAAGAUGAAGUUGGCCCUUGCCCGUGCUGUGUUCGAGAACCCCGAUAUUCUUCUCCUGGAUGAGCCUACCAACCACAUGGACAGACAGAAUGUCAAGUGGCUCGAGCAAUAUUUGAUCAACUCUCCUUGCACAUCCAUCAUCGUCUCGCACGACUCUGGUUUCCUUGAUAAUGUUGUUCAACAUAUCAUCCACUACGAGCGCUUCAAGCUUAAGCGUUACAGGGGUAAUCUCAAGGCCUUUACCGAGAAGGUUCCUUCUGCCAGGUCUUACUACGAGCUCGGUGCCUCCGAGAUCAACUUCAAGUUCCCCGAGCCCGGUUACCUUGAGGGUGUCAAGACUAAGGCCAAGGCCAUCGUCCGUGUCUCCAACAUGAGCUUCCAGUACCCCGGUACUUCCAAGCCCCAGAUUCGUGACAUCACCUUCCAGUGCUCUCUCGGAUCCCGUAUUGCCGUCAUUGGUCCCAACGGUGCCGGAAAGUCCACCUUGGUCAAUGUCCUUACUGGUGAAUUGAUCCCAACCAGCGGUGACAUCUACACUCACGAGAAUAUCCGUAUCGCCUAUAUCAAGCAGCAUGCUUUUGCCCAUAUCGAUAACCACUUGGAGAAGACUCCUUCCGAAUACAUCCAAUGGCGUUUCCAGACUGGUGAGGAUCGCGAGACUAUGGACCGCGCCAACACCAAGAUCACUGAUGAUGAUGAGCAAGCCAUGAACAAGAUCUUCAGGAUCGAGGGCACUCAGAGACGUGUCUGUCUUGCCGCUUCGACGUGGCAACGUCCCCAUCUUAUCGUUCUUGAUGAGCCUACCAAUUAUCUCGAUAGAGAUUCACUUGGCGCCUUGUCCCGUGCUCUCAAGGAGUUCCAGGGUGGUGUUAUCAUUAUUACCCACAGCGAAGAAUUUACGAAGGAUCUCACUGAAGAAGUUUGGUCUGUUCUUGACGGAAAAAUGACCCCCUCUGGACACAAUUGGGUUCAGGGUCAAGGCGCUGGUCCUCGUCUCCAGGAGAAGGCAGGUGAUGAGGAUGUCUUCGAUGCUAUGGGUAACAAGGUUGAGGGUGGCAAGAAGAAGAAGAAGCUCACUUCCUCUGAACUCCGCAAGAAGAAGAAGGAGCGUAUCGCCAGGCGAAAGAGGGGUGAGGAGGUCUUCUCUGAUGAAGAUGAGUAGUCGAGUCUAUAGGGGAGGUGUCUCGAGUUUUUUCUUUCUGUUUUUCCCUUGGUCUAUCGGUCAUGAUACGAUAAUGAUGAAAAGUGGGGUUUGGGUUUUUCUUUCAUGUUUACGGAUGGUGGCGGGCUUGUGUAAUUUUUCCUGUUAUUUUUUUCUUUUCUCUGGACUUGUCGUUUCACCAUUCUUAGAAUAGAGAUAAACUAGUUCUGUUAAUACAA